AUGGCUUGUCGUCACUUGUCGUGCAGGCUCCAGCAUUGUUUCCAUCCGUUUCUGUCUCUCACUAGCGUCAUCCACAAUGUUGGUAUUGAACUGCCUCGACGUUCGCGAGGUCCAGAUCCAUCACUCUUACCAGCUGAGAAUUCAGCUGGGUCCAUUCGCAUAACACAGUCUUGGUGUCCAUGUCGUUUGUCCUUCCCAUCAUAUGACCAGCUCAUCGAUGUUCCGCCUCAAAGAUGUACUCCGUUGGAUUUGGAUCGAGAAGACGAGACAUCAUCUCAUAUCUGGACAGCGAAGUCCGACGAGAUGUAG